UUCCGCCCGUCGUGUAAAGAAAGAUAUGGGAGUGACGGUGGAUGCUUCCCUCGUAAAUCAUACCUUUCAUCUACCGCCAUGGAGCACAUCGGUUGCGAAUGUUCAGCUACAAGCCGCCAGCGGGUGGCAGACUGUCUCGGUCAAGAGAAGCUUCCCCUGGACAGGAUUCUAGAAGCCGGGUCCGAACUCUGUAUUAUUUUCGGCUCGACGACGGACUGCAACCGCUGCAUCAAGACGAAGCGUAUUUCCAAGUGGUUGAUCCAAAUGACCAUUCGACUUAUCUGUUUCUACGAAGCGGCUAUCAAUCAGACCCUGCCGAGCAGGACACCACCCGCUACGAGCGGCGAGGCGAAUUCGCUUUCUCUUCAGCAGCCAAGCACUACAAUGGGCUUCCCAGAAAUGAGGUUUGGGGAGGUCCACAUCGAGGGGCCAGAGGGCCAUCUUCUGAUCAAGCUCGCGCUAGUCGAGGCGUGCUCGCACCUCAACGAGACGAUACAGAUCUGGAAGAUGACGUCGGACGAAUCGUUGGAAGCGGCCGAUCAAAAACACCUUGUGCAUUACAACGACAGAGUACUGGGUCGUUGUCUGGACUUGCUGGCGAAGCUGAUAGGGCUGUUGCGCCUCGACGGACUCAUGGCCGAUCAGUCUUGA